UGUAGGACAAAUGACACAUGUUACAAAUUACAGUUGCCAAAUGUCAAAUCAUAAGCUAUCAACGUGAACAACACGGUUUCAUCAGAAUUUAUUUUAUAGUAAUACAAAAAAUAUAAUAAAGGAAUCUGUAAAAGAUGCCUCUUUCGUGUAGGUUUUACCAGGAAAAAUAUCCUGAAGUGGAGGAUGUAGUUAUGGUAAAUGUGCGCUCAAUAGCUGAAAUGGGCGCGUAUGUACAUUUAUUGGAGUAUAACAAUAUAGAGGGCAUGAUUCUGCUCUCCGAAUUGUCGAGGCGUCGUAUCAGAUCAAUCAACAAACUCAUCAGAGUGGGUAAAACUGAACCAGUGGUUGUCAUAAGAGUUGACAAAGAGAAAGGUUACAUAGACUUGUCAAAACGUCGGGUCUCUGCCGAAGACAUAGAUAAAUGCACAGAGAGGUAUGCUAAAGCCAAGGCAGUCAACUCAAUCCUUAGGCAUGUUGCGGAACUAUUACAUUACGAGAACUCAGAACAAUUAGAGGAACUGUACAAAAGAACUGCAUGGCUGUUUGAAGAAAAAUAUAAAAAGAAGGCCUCAGCUUAUGAUUUCUUCAAGCAAGCUGCUGUAGAUCCCUCAGUUCUCAAUGAGUGUGGUUUAGAUGAACAAACAAAAGAAGUGCUACUUGCAAACAUCAAACGGAAACUGACAUCUCAGGCUGUCAAAAUAAGGGCCGAUAUCGAGUGUGCCUGCUAUGGUUAUGAAGGGAUUGAUGCAGUCAAAGCUGCGUUAAAGACUGGACUGUCAUUAUCAACUGUUGAGAUGCCAAUCAAGAUAAAUCUGAUAGCUCCUCCAUUAUAUGUAAUGACAACAUCAACUCCAGAGAAGACAGACGGGCUCAAAGCAUUACAAGAUGCAAUUGAUAAAAUUAAGGAAACAAUAACAGAAGCCGGUGGCGUUUUCAAUGUUCAGAUGGCACCUAAAGUUGUGACAGCCACAGACGAGGCAGAACUGGCUCGGCAGAUGGAGAGGGCUGAAGCAGAGAAUGCAGAGGUGGCUGGUGACUCCGCAGAAGAAGAUGAGGAUCAGGGUAUGGGUGAUGCGGGUGCAGAUGAUGAGCCGCAACAAAAUGGAGCUUCAGAUGAUGAAGAUGAUAACUGAUCUAGUUGUUACAUUAUAAACUGUAUACAUUGUAAUACAUAUUAAAAAUACUACAAUUUUCUACCACAA